CGACGAAUUACUUCCAAUGGAUCAUCCGGAGAGGAGGACGACACCGAUGUUCGCGCGUGAAUCAUGGAUGAACGAGUUGUAGAAUUGACAUUAUUUGUCAAAGAUGUAUCGUAAUCGACAAGGAUCUCGUGUACGUAUCUCGUGCUGGAUGGAGGUUGCACGACGAAACCAAGGGUUCGUUUUGCACGCGGGAAACAACUUCCGGUUGCUGGUCCGUGCGAACAGACAGGCAACAAAUAGAUUGAUGGUGGCCGAUAAAAAGGAAUAGAAACAGAUGGAAAGCGAAAGAAGAGGCAAAAGAAGAGAGACUCGGACUCGGUGUACGCACAUAAUGUACGAGUCCUGAGAGGAGUUGGAGUCCCUCCCGGAGGCGCGGCGCCGCGCCGCGCCACGGCACGACGUUGCGACUAUAAGUAAGUCUCGCGCGGCGCGCCGCGGCUUAAUGCCGUUACCGCGUUCGUGGCGCCAAGAGGAAGGCCCAUUGGCGACGAUAAGCCUCCUUCGUGUCCGGCACGAACGAGAAAAAGAAAGAGAGAAAGACGGAGAUAGAUACACAGCAGCCAGCUUUCACCCGCGUUUCAGCAGUGAAUAUAUAUAUACCCCGUCGGGGUGUGGAUCGCAACAGUAUAGAUAAUACGUAGCUGUCAGUCGUAUCCGAGGCCAGUGUCAGUCUAGAGUUAGUGUCGGUGAACAGAGUGACCGAGUGUCGUUCGCGAGCCACUUAAUAACACCUAUCGGAAAGAUAAACUUCCAACCCCUAGCUAUUAUCGCUUGGAAUUACUAGUGCUCGUAUCCCGGUAUUAUCCGACAUUCGGUAGCAGUAAGAAUCGGUGCAAGUGUCAAACAACAUAAAAAGCAGUGACAGAGACAGAGAGAUCGAAGGGAGAAGGGGCAGCGGAAGGUGGUUGGUAUCAAAGGGGUGCGCAUGGUCCGUGCGGACCAGCCAAGAUCACCUCUGUGGUCGAGCGUGGACCUUUCCACUGGGCCGUUUGGACGGCCGCGUUUUGACGUUCACCAUGUCGGGGCUGCUUUACACGCUUUUAGGGUUGGCGGCUAGCUCGAGCCUUCACUGUGCUGUCCGCCGCGAGAUAAGCCCGUGCACCUGCCGGCAGGAGGAGUUCUCCACUUCUGUUAUCAACCCGGUGCAGGCGGUCGCCGCAGCCGCGGCCGUCGCGGCUGUUGCUACAACCGGUAACAAUGCCGGCCACCAUGGACACGGGGAGCGAAUCGAGGUCGUGUGCGAGCGGAUGGACUCUUUCGAACAAGUGGCAGGAGCGUUAAGAGGCAAAUUCACCACCGAACAGCAGAUUACGCUGCGCGUCUCGCAUUCGAAUCUCAGGGAUAUAUCGCGGCACGAUUUUAAAGAACUGCGGAUGUCCAUCACGAAGCUCGAGCUGAAUCACGAUCGUCUAGGGUUCGUGGACGGCGAUGUUUUCGCGGGGUUGGGAAGAACGCAAUAUCUUAGUCUCGCGGAUAACGAGGUACCAUCUAUACCGAGGCAUAUUCUGUCGCAUCUGUCAUUGCUAAGGACCCUAGAUCUUAGCAGAAAUCGGAUAAGCCGUAUAGACUCGGAUGACUUUAAGUACAAUCCGACAUUGCAGCAUCUGCUGCUGGCCGGAAAUGCGAUUUCAGAAAUGAUGCCAGGCUCGUUACCGCCGUUGGUGAAGCAUCUACACGUCGGCCGCAAUCAGUUGCAAAGUCUGAAUCGAACUUUACGAGAUUUGAAUCAGUUGGAGUGGUUGCUAAUUAACGCCAACGAGCUCACAUCUCUGGACGGCGAGCUACCAUCUUCUGGCCACAACCUGAAGAUGCUCUACGCCGUGGACAAUAAAUUAACUCACUUGCCGGCGGAAUUUCGCUACCUGCAUCGUUUGGAAAGUCUGUAUCUUCAGGACAAUAAAAUUCGCAGUCUCGAUGGCACGCUGCAAAAGGCUCGUAGACUGAAGUUUCUCGAACUUUCGUACAACGAUCUGCAAGAGUUGACGAAAGAAGAUUUCAUAGAGGCAGAGAUGUUAGAAGACUUGGAGCUGGGACAUAAUUCUCUAAAAUCGUUGGCCAGCACAGGUAGUGAUAAUGGCGAUGGAAAUGGGGGCAGUAGUGUUCUUUACCCUCUCAAAUCUCUCAAGUGUUUGAACUUGACGCACAAUGAGCUUCGCGAGUUUUCAUUCGCGUCACUUCGUGGCCUGCGCGAGCUACGUUUGCUCGAUCUCUCGAACAACAGAAUCGCGCGACUCCACAGAGGAAGGACACCCUCAGAGAAUUUGGUAGAAGAGGAGGGAGAAGAAACGGCGGGUGGAAAUAUCCAGGAUAUGCAACUGCAACACAACGAGCUACGAAGCUUGGACGGCUCGUUAUUUCUUGGAAUGAAGGAAUUGCAGAAGCUAAAUCUCAGUUACAACGCUUUAGGACCGACGAUUGGACAGCGUGAUCUACGAGGUCUCGAUGGUCUCAAAGUCCUCGAUCUCUCUCACAACGAGCUUACUACACUUGAAGAUACGUCGGAGACGUGGCUUCCCUCUCUCGAAGAACUGAACGCAUCGCACAAUCGUUUGGUGACAUUGUCUGAAAGAGACUUCCGUGGAUUUCCUGUUCUCUGUUGGGCAGACGUGAGUGCAAAUCGGAUACGUACUCUAAUGCCAGAACUCGUGGCGAACACACGUUGCACUGUUCACGGUGUGCCUGACGUACUUCGCAUAUAUCUUCAAGAUAAUCCGGUGCUGUGCGAUCCUGGACUCGCAGACUUGACCGUGGCUUUCGAAGUCAAUCACGCAAAAGUCUAUGGUGUGGCCAAUAAUUGUCCAACGACCGUUUCAACUCCUACUGAGCAAACCUCGCCACUUCCGCCAUUGCCACCGACGUUGUUGUUAGCUGCCGCGGCAGCUGCUUCCGGAGGAAAUGUUUCUUUCGCAGCGACUCUCGAGUAGUCCACUGGAAGUAGGAUAAAGUCCGUAAGAUACGAUCGAUCCGUAAGGCACGAUGAAGUUAAAAAAACGGAAACGAACAAGAAGGAAGAAACGAUCGAGAGUUCAUUCGAUUCGUGGUCGCCCGUUUGUACGAUGCUACGAAGAUACAUAGAUACUAUAAGAUAGAUAUCUACGAAAUGGACACUGAAAUGGAUAUCAUGAGAGAAGUUCAUACUAUUGGUCAUUGUGAUAAACGGGUGGUGUGAAUCUUGGUGUAGUUCUCGUUUUUCAAGUUCAACACGGGCGUUUUAGUUCGUUAAUCUAAUCCGCUUGCGUGGAUUUCUUGGAAGCAUUCGGAUGAAAAGGAAGUUGUAUAGUAAUAAUAAUGAUAAUAAUGAUGGUAAUAAUAAUAAUAACAGAAUAACACACACAUACGUUCGUUAACAUCAUGAGACACUAACGAGACAUCUCAUACGUCGCUAAUCCUAUAAUCGACAGUUAAAAUUGAUUGCAUCGGUCUCUAAAAUCAGUAGAUGUGUACUGCGUUUGCUGUAGUAAUUAUUAAGUAACGAAAGAUACAUAUUUAUUUUAGCGAGUUUCCAUCACAUAUCGUGAGAGACAUUGUUCCUUUUAAUUGUGACAGAACGAUUUCUCUAUACGUGUUAGUUAGUAGAGCGCAAAAGCUCGAAAACGAAUUGUAACAUCUCCUGAAAAAAUAAAAAAAAAGAAAAAGAAUGUAUGUUAUAUAUUCGCGCGAACACAAGCCGAAAGAGUUGUCGGAAUACCAUCUUUGUCUAAAUCGAGGUUCAGGAACAAUUUGUUAAAGUUUUUGUUUUAUAAUAGACGACAUCAUUUACACUGUAAAUAGUCAUCAAUUCCAUUAUUUCUUUUAACACCAUACGUCCUGUUUAACAAUAGAGUUAGUUACGAUUUUUCGAACGUCUCAUUCACAAAUUCCAAUUCGCAUUCCAACUCGUAUUAUUUAG